AUGAAUCUAUGAUGGUCCCCUCUGGGGGCCCCAGCCCAUGGGGAGGGAGCCCAGCACCCUGACCUUGUCUUCCCACCCGGCAGCCCGGCCCUCCCUGACCCUGCAGACAGUGGUGACACCGGCGGGGCUGGGCGCCCUGCAGGUCCGGGUGAGUCGCUACUACCCCCCCAACAUCACGGUGGAAUGGCUGCGGGACAGGGCGAUCCUGCACAGCAUGGAAUCACUCCCCACACGGGCACCGGACGGGUCCUUCACCCUCCGCAGUAGCUACAUCCUCGACCGCCCAGAGCCCGACACCCGGGUCGCCUUCACCUGCCGCGUGCAGCACCCGGCGCUGCCCACCCCGCUGGCGCAGAGCGUCACCUGGAAAGAGACAGACGUCAUAAGUCAAGACAGAACCCCAAACAAAGGACCCGAACCAAGCCCAACUCGGGUCUGGAUGUGGUUAUGGCUGGCCAUGGUGCCCCUACUGGUCGUGGUCUUGCUGUGCAUCGGGUACUGGAGCUAUCGCAUCAGCAUGUCCUCGAUCCGUGCCUGGGAGUGUUUGCCGGAGGGCAGCGCGACAGCACUGCUCUGCGAGGCGGAGGGGAGGCUCCGCGACACAGACAGCCUGACCUGGAGGAGCAAGCGCCAGGGGAAGGAGCUGGGGGCUGGGCAGCCCGGGGAGCUGAACACGCUGAUGCCGAAGCUGGAGCAGCACCGCGUGGUGACGUGGCGGCGCGACCUCGGGCUGGGCAGGCGGCGGCUCACGUCGGUCCUCACCAUCCAGACCCCGCGCGAAGACGACACUUUCAGCUGCACGUUCCAAGGCGCGAGGGGCAUGAAGCAGACACACAUCACAAUCCCCGGCGUGCUGGCGGGUGGCCCGCUUCUGGAUGGAGACAUGGCCAUUUUUUGACCGUCGUGCACUCACGCUACGGCCGGUGCUGGGGAGAGAGAGAGAGCCAGCUGCAAACUGCUUGGAGAGGAGAGAACAAACUGACCCCUUGUGAUGCUGUGUGAUUGACAUGUGACUGUGUACAGCCUUGGUGUGGCCACUGUGCUCCAACUGCAAGAGAACUUGUACCACGUACGUCAGGUCCGGUGUCACUGGAAAAGUUGCGAAUUGCUAAGUAUGGAUAUCCUGCUUAUAUGUGUACCACCCCCCCGCCCCCGUCCACUGGCCCAGUGUGAGGUUGUUCCAGAUAGGGGAAGCCUCUUUGUGACCUUUUACACAACUUUAGGGGACUGGGCCUGAGGCUCCUUUGUGUGCUCUGCGUUGUGUGUCAGUGUGUUCACCUCAGCCCAGACCCACGCAGACAAACCACCAGAGAGCGCGACCGCACUGUCCCUUUAAGGCGCUUUAAGCUGCUAAGUGUCGACUCAGGCUACGGCUACACGAGAGAGUUCAAAGCGCUGCCACCUGAGUGCUCCCGCAGCAGCACUUUGAUGUGCGAGUGGGGUUGUGCGCGAGACAGCUCUCCCAGCGCUCCUCGUAAUCCACCUCCACGAGGGGAGUCGCUCCGAGCGCCGGGAGCCUGUCUACACUAGCGACUUUAAAGCGCUCAGACUUGCUGCGCUCAGGGGGGUGAUUUUUCACCCCCC